UUGAUCCUCGCUAAGAGUGACCGUUGUGUAGUGACGAAGAAUGCAGAAUCAGGAGUCGCAGUUGCCGCACAUGCCAGUGCCACCGCCAAAGAUGCCGGCUUCUUCAAGUCGCAUCCUUUACGAUAUACCUUGUAAAGUUUGCCGAGAUCACUCCUCGGGAAAGCAUUAUGGCAUAUUCGCAUGCGAUGGAUGCGCUGGCUUCUUUAAACGAUCGAUUAGGAGGAAUCGGCAAUACGUGUGCAAGGCGAAGUCCGAAGGGGGUUGCAUGGUGGAUAAGACACAUCGGAAUCAAUGCCGAGCCUGCAGGCUAGCAAAGUGCAUUCAAGCCGGCAUGAACAAAGACGCCGUGCAACACGAACGAGGCCCGCGGAAUUCAACAAUUCGUAGACAAAUGGCGCUAUACUUCAAAGAACCUGAAAUGAUGGCCAGCCUAGUGGCGCCGUCGACAGCUUUAGAUCUCGCUUUACCCAAAGCGCCGACAGAAUCACGCGUUCCUGUGCCUGGACCAUCGCCUCAUCCUCCCCUCACGCAUCCUGCAUAUUGCAACGCGUUGGCAAUGUCAAAGAUGCCACCAAAUAUAGCAAAUUUACACGCAAUGCCAAUAAUCCCUCCGAUCGCCGCCGAGUCUAUGUGCGAGCAAGCAGCGAGAUUGCUGUUUUUAAACGUUCACUGGGCACGGGAUUUGGCGGCGGGCACGAAUCUCGUCAUAGAUGAUCAACUGACGCUACUCGAAUCUUCCUGGCGCGAACUCUUCUUACUGGCCGCGGCGCAAAUGCUGCCGGCCCUGGACCCCACGCCCUUGCUACCGCCUCAGGGUAUCGGGCUGGCGAUCGAGGUGACUCGUUUUCGCGAGACUCUGGCUGGUUUCAACGCGAUGAAUCUAGACCAGCACGAAUUUGCCUGUAUUAGGGCGAUAGUGCUUUUUAAGGCCGGUCUGGACAGCGAGCCGAUGUCCAGCGGCCGCAGCACUAGCAGCUCCAACUCACCCAGUCCCGGAAAUCGACUUAGAGAUCCGGCCUCCGUAGCCCGGUUGAGAGACAGUGCGCAGCUGGCGCUGGGACAGCGACUCAGUGGGGCCUCUUUCGGGGCCCUCAGAUUCGGCAAAUUGCUGUUAUUGCUGCCCAGCUUGCGCUCCGUAUCCACACACGCUAUCGAGGAACUCUUCUUCAGGCGGACCAUCGGUAUUAUCCCGAUCGAGAGGAUCAUCUGUGACAUGUACAAGGCGUCGUAACGUCGUGAAAGCGUCCAG